GUGUGUGUGUGUGUGUGUGUGUGUGUGUGUGAUUCACUAAAACAGGUAAAUGAGGAAGUCACACGUCGCUCUCCUGUGACGUUGCUCACGCAUCACGGGAAGUCAGUGUAAAUCCGGAAGUAAAGAUGGCGACUGCCUACGAGAGGUUUAAGCUGCACUCCGCGCCUGACAAGUUCUACAUCGAGGCCUGCGAUGAAGGCGCUAAAGACGUGCUCGUCAUCGACAGGGUUUCCAUGGAGAUGACUCUCACGGGUGUGAUAAACAUCCCGCCGUCAUCAGCCACCAGACACAUCUACGGCAUCAUGGGAACUAUUCGCCUUGUGGCUGGGACGUACCUCGUCGUCAUCUCCAAGAAGAAGAAAGUAGGCGACCUGUUUGGCCACGCGGUAUGGAAGGCCAUGGAGUUCGACCUCAUACCCUACAAGAAGACCACGUUACACCUCACAGAAACCCAGAUGCAGGACAACAAGAUGUUCCUGUCCAUGAUCAGCAACGUUCUGAACACGGACGGCUUCUACUUCUGCACCGACUACGACCUGACACACACACAGCAGCGCCUCGCCAACACCAGCCCUGACUUCCAGGAGAUGAGCCUGCUCGAGAGAGCUGAUCAGAGGUUUGUGUGGAACGGAAACCUGUUGAGAGACUUCACUGCACAGCCUGAGCUCCACAAGUUCACGUUUCCUGUCGUCCACGGCUUUAUUGUCAUGAAGCCUUGCUGCAUUAACGGCAAGAUAUUCGAAUGGAUCCUCAUCUCCAGGAGGAGCUGCUUCCGAGCCGGCGUGCGCUACUACGUCCGAGGGAUCGACUCGGAAGGACACGCCGCUAACUUUGUCGAAACGGAACAGAUAGUGCAGUAUAAUAACAGCAGAGCCUCCUUCGUGCAGACUCGAGGCUCCAUGCCUUUCUUCUGGUCUCAGAGACCCAACCUGAAGUACAAGCCCAAGCCACAGAUCAGCAGCAGCACCAAUCACCUCGAUGGAUUUCAGCGACAUUUUGACUCCCAGGUCCUCAUUUAUGGGAAGCAAGUGAUUUUGAAUUUGGUCAAUCAGAAGGGUUCAGAGCUGCCUCUUGAACAGGCGUUUGCCAAACUGGCAAAUAACAUGGAUAAUGGGAGCAUCAAGUACAUAGCCUUUGAUUUCCAUAAGGAGUGCAGUAAGAUGAGGUGGCAUCGCCUGCAGAUCUUGGUGGACGCCGUGGCUGAGAUGCAGGACGAAUUUGGGUACUUCAUGCUGAACUCGGACAGGAAGGUGGUGGUGGAGCAGAGUGGAACAUUCCGCAGUAACUGCAUGGACUGUCUGGAUCGUACCAACGUGAUUCAGAGUCUUCUGGCCCGCCGUUCUCUACAGAGCCAGCUUCAGAGGAUGGGAGUCCUUCAUGCCGGCCAGAAGAUUGAAGAGCAAGCUGAUUUUGAGAAGAUCUACAAGAACGCCUGGGCUGACAACGCUAACGCAUGUGCUAAACAGUACGCAGGAACAGGAGCGCUAAAGACCGACUUCACCAGGACCGGGAAAAGGACUCACUGGGGUUUGCUGAUGGACGGCUGGAAUUCCAUGAUCCGUUAUUACAAAAACAACUUCUCCGACGGCUUCAGACAAGACUCCAUCGAUCUCUUCCUUGGCAACUAUUCAGUAGAUGAAUUGGAGAGUCUGACACCACUUCAAAUGCAGAAAGACUGGAAAUUCCUCACGUUACCUGUCAUCUUGCUGGUGGCCUUCUCCAUGUGCAUCCUGUGCCUCUUUAUGGCUGGUGACACAUGGACAGAGACGCUCGCCUACGUGGUGUUCUGGGGCACAGCCUGCGCUCUCACCGCCGCAGUCAUCCUCUUUAACGGGAAGGAAUUCGUUGACGCUCCCAAGCUGGUCCAGAAAGAGAAGAUGGACUGAACGUAGCUCUCUCUUUUUCUUCCUCUCUGUCUUCUUCUUCCUCCUCUUCCUCUUUCUGGAGUCUGUACUGAUCUGCUCUUGUCCUGUAUGUGCAGUCUGCCUCUUUUAUUACAGAUGUAACCUCAUAAACCCACUCGGCACAGGGUCCAAUGAUAUAAUCAUUCAACACUAAAAACAGAUCAAGGGGGAUAAAAAAAAAAGAGUCCACUGACGUCAGUUACGAAGAAUAAAGAAUAGUGUGUAAAAAAAAAUAUAUAUAUCUAGAUAUUUACAGACUGUGUGUCACUAUUUAAACUAAAUCACUAAAUGUAAAUUUAAAUGAAAUCAAAUAUGAUCCAAAUUGUCGGUGAAUCUCUAAAGCAUUUUCAAUAAUAUACAUCAUGUCCCAUAAGUCCAGCACCAUAAGAGGAAUGAAUGAAUAAAUAAAUAAACAAAUACAUGCUCAAUAGGUCCAACAUGAUGUUUUCUCGAACAGAUACAUCAAGGUCUGUAUCUGAAAAUAUAAACCUCUACACCAACCCUAUGAUGCUGGACUAAUGGGAGCCUUAAUCUUGAAGAAUAACUCCAAAAAUAUCCUCCACACAGUCUAUUAUGAUGAUAGAAACCCAGUUCUGUAAGACCUUGUCGGACUCAGGCAGUUUACACAGCACAAAGUCUUCAGUGGACCAGUUUGUUGUAUCUCUCAGCUUUACUGAGCAAUAUCGUUGUUACCAAAGUCAUUUCGGUUCUUUUGCCAUUCUGCUGCCUAGACGUGUAAAGUCGCCAGUCGUCGAGAACAAAGGUACCGUAUGUUGUCGUCUAGAUCGACGUCGUUGAGGAUGCACUCAACAGCCACUUUAUUCAGAACAUCUGGAACCACUGUUCAUUCAGGCUUCAUACAGUUAUUCAGUCAUGUUCUCGACUCUCAGAAGUCUCAUGUUCUGUUCAUUCCGGCUUCAUAUAGUUAUUCAGACAUGUUCUUGACUUCUUCUCAAGGUUUUAUCAAGCUUGAGUUGCUUUUCUGCUCACCACGAUUGUCAAGAGUGACUAUAUGAGUUAACGUAACCUUCCUGUCAGCUCAGACCAGCACGUCCGUCCACCUCCUGAGAUUUUUUUCCUUUAUAUUUUUUCCAUGUUGUUUCGGGACCACUCUGUAUGAACUCUAGAGGCUGCUGCGUGUAGUAAAUCAUCUGUCAUCUGACCUUUUUACGUUCUUCUUUUUUUUUUUUCGUGCUGCCGCCUCAUGAUUGGCUGAUUGCAGGAAUGAACAGGAUACUCGGGGAGUGUUCCUAAUAAAGUGGCCAGUGAGUGUAUGCUUUUUACCUGUGAAAGUCUGUUCUUCUUCAAAAAAGAAGAAAAGUACCUUUCUAUCUGAAAGUAAAAGCCGUAACGCCGCUCUAUGACCAUACGCUCGCCGAAUAAAAGGGGUAUUAAAGGUGUUCCUUUCCUUGUUGCUGAAAAAAAGUCAUUGGUGCUGUGUGUCUUUCACCUGGACAUAGUGUUAAUACGCACCUGUCCAUGGUACUGAAACAGAUCUGCAACAGUACCCGGGUAGCACCAGAAAGAAAAGCUAUAGUUUAAUACCCCCAUUAUCAGCCCCGAGAGUGUAAAACUGUGCAGAUUUCUAUCUCACCAUGUACGAUUAAUUCUCCACAAGACUCCUUACUUACUUACACAGCUCCUGUUUUACUUUACUCUUCCUCUUUUUCCACUUUGAUUCUAGUUUUGCCUUUUUGUGCAGGUUAUAAGGAAAAAAUAGGCUACAAAGGCUAGAUGCAGAUGUUUAUUUAGUCGAGUAAGUUUGUCGGUUCUCUCAGCACUUUACUGAUGAUUUCCGUUCCUGUAAAAACAACACUAAGAGGUAAAUGACACACGAGCACGUUCCCUCCUAACGGCUCCGUGUUUGAAGAAACGAGGGUGACGGUGAAAUUUUAUUACGUUACAGAAUUCCACUUCUUUUCUGCUUUAUUUUUCACUUCCUAUUUAAUCAUUUGGGGAAAUUACUGUCUUGUUUUGAAAUGUUUUUUUUUCCUUAAGGGCACUGAAAAUGAUUGUAUGUGUGUUCUGUCUAGAUUGUUUAGGAUUAUCAAAUUUAUCUUUGCAUAAUUAAUGAACACACACACACACACACAUUAGUACUUCAGAUUUAAAUUCAGUAAACAUAAAGCUCACUCAUAUUCUCGGCUAGAAAACAGACGAUUACAAGUUUCAGCACAAAACCAUGAGUAAUCCUGAUCAUUUGUUUGAUCUGCACUUUGUAAAUUGUACAUCGGUAUAAUAAAAGCAUCAGUUCUAAAUUAUGUACUGUACUGUAAUGUAGGGUUUACAAUUAGCAUCAGAUUGCCUAGAACAGAUCACACACUGUUACAAACGACUCUGUAGUCUCAUCCUUGACUCCUGUGUUAGCGUGACUUCUGAUCCACAGCUAGGAUACAACAUUCCCACCCGAAUGAUCCCGAAUGUAGUAGAAUACGAUCGUUGUAUUUUUUUUUUGGACUGUUCUGAAAAAUGUACUCUUGCUUCAUUCCAAGAGGUCACAUACGCCUCACCUGUUAACUUUGUAAUAAAAUGUCUGAUCGAUG